GCAAUUGUGGAUCGGUUCCUGUGCAUUUGCGGAUUUGAAACACUUCUAGCGUCGACGUGCAGAUAAAUCCACAAAUAAGUGGACUCCACCCACCGUUUACUCAAGCCAAUCAAAUAACGGCCACAUUGAGCUGACCAAUCGUAGCACGUUAUCGCUUCAACCAAUCACGUUUUGGCUUACAGCCACGGAGAACGGCGGGAACAGACACCGAACUUGAGACCAACAGACUUCAACAUGGCCGAUCAGGAGGCAAGACAGAACACAGUGAGGCAACAAGUCCUUCAUAGACUACUUUCCAGGGUGACUUAUGCUCUGGAACACCCUCCUCUGGACAUUGAAUACUUGCAAUUUAUUUGCUGUCAAGAAAUGACUUUGAUUACUGCCAUGUCAGCAAACAUUGGAAUUUCACAGGACUUGGUCAGAGGUUUAAUGGACUUGGAUUCACUUAUUCAGCAGCACAAGGAAGGUCAGCAGGUGGCAACUUUAGUGGAGAUGGAAAGAUCACAAGGAUGUGGACGUCCUAGAAUCCAUUUAUCAAGAGAAAGACUAAUCCACUUUCUGAAGCUUGGUUUACCCCAGGAAACCAUCAGUAAAAUUUUAGGUGUCUCUCGUACAACCAUCUAUCGUCGGAUGAGAGAAUGUGAUUUGUCAGUCACUUCCCUCUACAGCAGCUGCACAGAUGAAGAACUUGAUUCAUUGGUGUCUGAAAUCAAAAGCACAAUGCCAAACAUAGGGUACAGGGUUGUCAGAGGAGCGCUCCUUGCCAAAGGACAUAGAGUACAGUGGGACAGAAUUUGUGCAUCUAUGCAUCGUGUUGAUGGUCUCGGUGUUCUCUCACGGAUGUCCCAGCUUGGUUGUGUUGCUCGGCGAACCUAUUCUGUACCAUACCCCAAGUAUCUUGUACAUAUAGAUACAAACCAUAAGCUCAUAAGAUACAGCAUGGUUAUCUUUGGGGGUGUGGAUGGAUAUUCAAGAAAGAUCAUGUAUUUACGCAUUGCAGACAACAACCGCUCUGAAACAACUCUUAGAUUUUUCGAAGAGGCAGUAGAGGAGUUUGGUUUUCCCUUAAGAGUACGAAGAGAUCAUGGAGGAGAAAAUGUAGGAGUGGCGCGACUGAUGUUUCUAAUGCGAGGAACAGAGAAUGCAAGCUUCAUUGCUGGCAAGAGUGUGCACAAUCAAAGGAUUGAACGCCUCUGGCGGGAUGUUCGAAUGUGUGUCACCACUGUGUACUACAACAUUUUACAUCAUCUUGAGGAUUGUGGCCUUCUUGAUCUAAGCAGCUUCACUCACCUCUUCUGCUGUCAUUAUGUUUUUUUACCUCGCAUACAAGCCAGCCUUGAUGCUUUCAGGGAUGCAUGGGAUAACCAUUCCAUGAGGACAGAGAGCAACCUAACCCCAAAUCAGCUAUGGGAGACUGGCCAGUAUCAGAAUCCAAUAAGUAACCCUGAGAUGCAGUAUUCUGAUUCUGCUGCAGUUGAACAAGAGAGUGGAGGAGACACUGAAGAAAUUCACUUUGGGGUCAAUGUGCCUGCAAUUCAGAGGCCUCAACUUACAAAUGAGCAACUUGAGCAGCUUAUGUCACAAAUUGAUCCACUGCAGGAGUCUGAGUCAUUUGGGGUUGACAUAUACCUCCAGACUCUAACAUAUGUGCAGACAUUGAUUGAAGAAAGGGUCAUUGAAGGGUCUUUUUCUGCAGUUGUAAUUUUUGUUGUCAUCAUGAAUGUAAAAGCUGUGUCUUUGAGUCCUUUGGCCAGAGGAUAGAUUUACCAGAUGACAGCAAGGUUGUAAACAGUCUAGACACCCCAUUGUAUUUUAAUACAUUUGUAAAUGUAUAUGUAGUUGGAUAUAAAAUACAAUCUAUCCAGAGACUUACUUAUGUAAAGAAUUUGUAUAUGUAAAAUAAAGACAAAGACUUUGGAAUAACGGGAUUU